AUGGGUUGUAACGUGCGUAUAACAGAAUGGGGUAAUACAUAUUCCCUUCUCCCGCCUUCAAUUCUUUUCUUUUGAAAAAUCCCCUCUCGCAUCCAGAUUCCGCCAAGAAGGACUUUUACCACAAUUGGGCCCUCAAGAUGCAGAUCUUAAAACUCAUGGGCACAGCCCUCAUACUCAGCGAUUUUGUCGUCGCAAGGGCGUGGGUUUUUAGACCCCGAAAAUCCAACGAACACAACACAUAUGCUCCCGAGGACGACCCAAGCCUCAAGCACAGAGGGCGGAUAAUGGCACGAUCUACUUCACUCUUUUCCGGGGACUCCCUUCCACGAACCAAAAUUUUCGAGGACCAUGGUGCUCUCAUGUUGAGUGCGGAGCAAAACGCAAAACAGGUCGAUUUCAUCACCAAUUACGGGCAUUACAAGAUUCAUCAAAUUUCUCAACCGUACCCCGAUGGCCAAAUCCCAGAGAGACUGAUUUAUGCAGUCACGAAGGACAUUGCCAAGAUCAUGUUGCGGUUUUUUGAAUUCGUCCCCUCUGGUGGGAUCAUGAAGCCGGCUGAGACGAGACAAGAGAAACGCGGCUACCGUGAAGUUACUGAUGUCGGAAGGCGUCCAAACUUCGCGUAUGAUACCAAACGUGUCGAAUACGCAAAUCAUCCAGAGCAGCAUGGGGAGCAUUCAUACGAACCAAAGGACCAUGGAGAAUACGAGUCUCAUCCAGAGCCGGUAUACGAUCCAAAAAGUCAUGGACAAUAUGAAUAUCAUCCGGAGCAGCAUGAAUACGAGCCACAAAGCCAAGGAGGAUAUGAAUACCAACCAGAGCCUGUAUACGACCAACAUAAGCAGGGAAAAUAUGAUCAUUAUCCAGAGCAACAGGAAUACUACCCGCAAAACCAUGAAGAAUAUGAGCAUCGUCCAGAGCAUAUAUACGAGCCUAAAGAUUAUGGAGAUCACCCAUAUGAGCAAGUUCAGCACGGAGAUUAUGCAUAUGAUCCGCAAUAUCAUGGAGAUUAUUCAGUCGAUAAUCAUGGCCAUGCUCACGACGAUAACACAGACCAGACUUUGGUUGAUGGGAUAAAUUCCAAUGUAACACAAAGUGGAAUUUCACAAAAUAGCGGAUUCCCAUACGACAUAGUGUACCAAUUACUCAAUAACACUCUUGGGAAUGAAAUGGCUCAUGAGAUCUCACUCAGGGUUAUGGAGAUGACUAUCAAGAGCCAGCCAAAUAAUUCGACAACAACGACAACUGUGGUUACGACUGAUGUGGGAAACCAGACCACUACCGCUGUGGUAACUGAUGCUGGAGCUGAUGCUCUAGAUGAGACCACUCCCGAUACAACCGCAUAG